UUUUUAAGCAAAAGGAACAACUAAAACCAGAACUUUAAGGUGAAAAGUUAUUUAGAGAGAAUAGAGUAAAACAAGCAUAGUUUAGGCUUUGAGCCAUGGGAGGAAAGCUGGAUAGAUUAUAGGAUUUAAGCAAAUAAACGAAUGAUAAUGAUAAUCAGCCUGUAGGUGAGGAAACUAAGACCACUGGAGCACAUCAUAGCUAAUUUGUGAUAGAGGUACAACUAAAGACCAGACUUAAUGUUUAAAUCCAUUCAUUCCUCCUGCAAGCAGUUAUUGUACAUAGAGGCAGAGCUGGGCUUCUCAUGACUUUCUAUUCUGCUGCCUGAAUCUAUUCUUGGAGAAUUAUAAUGCCAGAUUGGAAUUUUAAGCUUAUCUCAUGGGCAGUGACAAAUCACCAAUAGAUUGUAAAAUUAUCCUGAAUUGCUCAGAUUUGUGUUUAGGACCAAUUCUGAGUGCCACAGUGUUUGGAUGGAUCAUAGAGGUAAGAAUGGAGUUAAGGAGAUCCAUUCUGAAAUUAAAGGGAUAGUGUGAUAUACCCAGGUAAGAUAAAAGGGUAUGAUGUAGGAGAGGGACAAUAGGACUUAUCUGAAAAAUAUGUAGGAGGUGGAAUAAUAGCAAUAGCAUAUAUUUAUAAUUUACCCACAUUAGUUCAUCUUAUCCUCAAAACUACCUUAUGAAACAGUUACUGUUAAUAUUAUUUUAUUUAAUAAGUGUGAAAACUAAGGCCUUGCAAGCCUAUGGCUUCACCCAGGGAGGGGUAGGAUCAGCCACCUUAACUCUAGAGCCCAUUCUCCUAACCACUGAGCCAUGAUUGUCUUGCAGUUUUGAUACUGCAAAACUGGAAGAAUUGUCUGGCUAUUAUCUAAGCUGUUCAUAAGCUGAACAAGUAGAUCUGAGGGUAAGAGGAGUUUUGUCUUAAUUAGACUGAGUUUCAAAUAGUGAGAGAUGUUUCAGACUAUAGAGGGGGAAAAAUGGCCUGGGAAGCUCAUAAAUCUAAGCCUGUUUCAUUGAUGUUUUUGUCAUUUGCAUCCUGUAGCUAUUCAGCAAAUACCUAUGGCAAAAAGGAUGUAAGUUAUGGGUAUAACUGAAAUAAUCCUGGGUUUAAAGCAAAGCUCUGAUAAAUACGGAAGAUGUUUCUCCGGGUGCCAGAAGAUAUGUUGAAGUUUGAGCUCAGACUGACCAAAUGCUAGUUAUGAGGUUGUUCUCCACUCACAUCUUUUAAUCUUGAAGACUAGAAAAUAUAACUGGAUCUACCAUUUGUUUGGAAAAUUUCUCUACCAAGCAAUAAAUUACCCGCUGUGCUGUUGUAGUGUAGAAGUUUUUGAGUUCUCCAAAUCUAAACAAGAUUUUCUUCCAUUUUCCCAUGAAGCUACAUUGUUGCUUAUUCACUUUAGUGGCAAGUAUUAUUGUGCCAGCUGCUUUUGCUUUGGAAGAUGUGGACUUCAACCAAAUGGUUUCACUGGAAGCAAAUCGUAGUUCUUACAAUGCAUCCUUUCCCUCAAGCUUUGAACUCUCAGCAAGUUCCCACUCGGAUGAUGAUGUCAUCAUAGCCAAAGAGGGAACUAGCGUUUCAAUUGAGUGUCUUCUCACAGCCAGUCACUAUGAAGAUGUCCAUUGGCACAAUUCAAAAGGACAGCAACUGGAUGGCAGAGGCAGAGGUGGAAAGUGGUUGGUUUCUGAUAACUUCCUAAACAUCACCAAUGUAGCUUUUGAUGACCGUGGGCUCUAUACCUGUUUUGUCACCUCUCCAAUUCGUGCCUCCUACUCUGUCACCCUACGUGUUAUCUUCACCUCGGGAGACAUGAGUGUCUAUUACAUGAUUGUUUGCUUGAUUGCCUUUACAAUCACACUCAUCUUGAAUGUCACACGGCUGUGCAUGAUGAGCAGCCAUCUUCGCAAGACUGAGAAGGCCAUCAAUGAGUUCUUUAGAACUGAAGGGGCUGAGAAACUUCAGAAGGCCUUUGAGAUUGCAAAGCGUAUCCCCAUCAUUACCUCAGCCAAAACUCUGGAGCUCGCCAAAGUCACACAAUUUAAGACCAUGGAGUUUGCUCGUUAUAUUGAAGAACUGGCAAGAAGUGUCCCUCUUCCACCUCUUAUUCUAAACUGUCGAGCCUUUGUUGAGGAGAUGUUUGAGGCUGUGCGAGUGGAUGACCCUGAUGACCUGGGUGAAAGAAUUAAAGAGAGACCUGCCCUGAAUGCUCAAGGUGGCAUCUAUGUCAUUAACCCAGAGAUGGGACGGAGUAAUUCACCAGGAGGAGAUUCAGAUGAUGGCUCUCUGAAUGAACAAGGCCAGGAAAUAGCAGUUCAGGUUUCUGUCCACCUUCAAUCAGAAACCAAAAGUAUUGAUACAGAGUCUCAAGGCAGCAGUCAUUUCAGUCCGCCUGAUGAUAUGGGAUCUGCAGAAUCUAACUCUAACUACAAAGAUGGGGCAUAUGAAAACUGUCAGCUAUAACCUACAGUGCUGUAACCCAGUACCUACAAAAUCAGCUCUCAGAAAAGGAACCUGUUUCUUAGAAGAAGUAACAUUUUGCCAAAAGUUUUGGGGGUUUCCCUUUGUUAAUAUUAAGCACUUCAGAACGUGAAUUGCCAAAGUCUUCAUUAGAAGGCAGCGUUUUUCCUAUCUGAUACUUUUCAGUCAUUUUCCUUAGAGCUUGAUUAAAUUCUGCAUGCUAAGAUUUAAAGAAGCCCCAGAUAAAUAUGAUGGGAAAAGCACUGAACUAAGAGUCCCAUGGUUUCUCUUCUGAUCACAGUUCUUCCAUUGGUUGGAUCUAAUACUUAUCUUGGGACUUCAGUUUUUCUAUCAAUAAGAUGAGGGAUUAGGUGAGAUCUGAGGUGGUUUCUAGCUCUAUAGCUUCUUAAUUCAUCACCUUUAAAUUACCAGAAUCUUCACUCAUCUCUAAGUAAACCUUUCCCUGGGCUUUUACUCCCUUCUUUUGGAAAAGAUUAAGCUGAGAUCUAAAUUUCCACACCAAUGUCAUAAUGCACAGAGGUUUUUGAUAAACAUUUGGGUGUUUUUCAGAUGUUUUGCCAUGUGGAGCGUAUGAUGAUAUGUGCAAGGGUGAAUCUGUUCAAUGUAGCACAUGUCUGUAUGGUUAUACAGAUGUCAGGGAGCUAACUGCUCAUUUGUAAACUACUUUCCAUGAGUAAAUUGGCCCUUGUUGGGGGUGUAUCAUCUUUUUAACUUACUGAGACAUCAUUUUAGUUCAUUGAGGUUGGCAGGGAUUUCCCAACUGAUCUUCCAAAGUGAGCAGUUUAUUUCUAAGGAAUAACGUCUUUGAUGCUUUUAGAAUAAGAACAGUGUCAAAUCAUCUGUCUUCUGGAAACUCAUGGAUUUUGAUAUUUCUUUUAAUAGAAUUUCUCAGGCUUUCCCUUUUUAAAAGUUUUGGACUCUACAAAUAGGUUCUAUAUUUGGGAUCUCAUCCUAGGAGAAAACCCAGAACUGGAUUCCUCCUAAGACCUCUGUCAACCCUCCUGCCUCUGUGGUCUUAAGUAUGGUGCUAUAGGUUGCAUGCCUCUUUGUCGCGUUUGUUUGGUUAAUAUUUUGUUGUUGAGGUUUUUAUUUUUGUUUACUUCAGAUACAUAAUUCUGAGCUAUGGCUGCUUUUGUAGCCUUUCCGAGAAGCACUAACCUGAAAUAAGAUUGGAUAAUUGUGAGGGUGUGUUACUAUGUUAAAAUACACACACAACUGAUCUAGACAUCAAGAGGAAGAAAAAUGAUGGAUGAUGCCACCUGGUUCAACUGUAUAUAAUAAACACUUAAGAUGACAUUUCUUGCCUGGCUGAGAUCUGAUAUAAUGGAAUUGUAAAUACUCUUCAGAACAAUUUCUUCAGCUACAGGAAGCAUGGUGCCAUAUAAUUUUAAGAACUUGGCAGUGGAGCUCCAUUUGGGGCUUCACGUUUCUUCAUUUGACUUCUGAUUAUUGAAGCAUUACUUCAGCUACAGGCUCCUGAGGGAAAUGUUCAGAGGAGCUUUUAUCAGGAUUUUAAUUUAAGGUUUCAAACAGAGAAAGACAGGAAAUUCAAAGUGUGACCAGAUAAAACUCAUGCCUCCCUUUGUCCAGGCUUAUCAGAAGUAAUACAUCUGCUCUGAAUAACAUGAAUGAAUCAAUGUGCAGUUUUAUCAGAUGGCAUCAUGGAUAAAGAUGAUAAUGCUGCCUUUUCUGUCUCUCAGGCUGUUUCCAUGGGAACCUCUAGAGCCAAAUAAAAGCUAACCAAUCAUUUAGCCAAAGCUUGCCUUGGCUCAUAGACUGGUAUUUCUUUAAGGAAAAUUGUUUUUAUAUAUUUGGCUAUGAGAGCAAAGGCUCUUGAACAUAUCCUAGAUUAUGGAACACAUUUUUCCCUUCCCACAAUGCUUCUCUUGAAAAAUUAAAUUUUUUUUCUGUCCACCCAGACUGGAGUGCAGUGGCAAGAUCAUAGCUCACUGCAGCCUCCAACUCCUGGGGUCAAGGGAUCCUCCUGCUUCAGGCGCCCAAGCAGCUAGGACUACAGGUGUGUACCACCUUUUCUGACUAAUUUUUGUUAUUUUUUGUAGAGAUGGGGGUCUCACUUUGUUGCCCAUGCUGACCUUGAACUUGUGGCUUCAAAUGAUCCUCAUGCCUCACCUCCCAAAGUGUUGAGAUUACAGGCAUGAGCCACUGUACCUGGCCAAAAGAAAUUUUAAAUCCCUUGUCUGGGGUCAGUCUUCUAAACAUCCCUCAGAUUUCAGAUAGUACUUUCAACCCUGUCCUAACAGAGCAGGUUUGCAGUAAUCUCUUAGAAUAUAGCUUGUCAGAUUAGAGAAUGGUUUUACCCCACCUGUUCUCAUAGGAGACGUUAUUAUUUGGAACCUUAAGGUAGACAUGUUUAAAAUCAAAGUCCUAAGAAACAACUUUGGAAAAAUGGAGGAAAUGUUUUUAAAAUCUGUAAGUUUGCAUAAUACUGUAUAGUAACUAAAUGCAGGCUACGCCAUUGUAUCCUGGUUAUUUUAGAAACAUAGAGGUGGCCUAAUUUGGUGGCCAAAGUAACUGGUUUACUUUGAGUGUACCAGCUUAUGGUGCCAUUGAUGAGGAAUUAAAGUAGGUCAAAAUUUAAUUGGAGUUGAUAUUACUUCAUAAAGCUAGUUUUCAAGAGGAAGAAAACCACACUUACUAAUAUUUUCUGUAUCUAAUCAAAUACUCUUCACAUAUAAUUAAGCCUCAUGUUAUCUUUUUGUAAAAUCCUUAACCUUUUGAACUUCAACUACAGUCUAAAAGUCUUGAUGGUAACUAUAGUGUAAUUAUCUUUUUGUCUCAUUGUAUUUUAUAGUUAGUGGAAAAUGCCUUUACAAAAUGUAUUUAAAAUAACUCUGUCAUCUCAUUUGUAAAUUUUGUCAUGUAUUGUAAUAUAGUGAACAUUAUUGUCCUUAUGAAAUGGUAGCUUUGUGAAAUACAUUCACCAAAAAUCAACAUUUGAACAUCUUUAUGAUUCCUUACCAGCUGAAGCCAGAUAGACAGGUAUCAAUUGAGCUGAUGCCCCACUUGAGUUUAUAGGCUGUUUGAUAACUGCCUGUCCUCCAAAUUGUGUAGGUAUACGUUAUGAUGGUUUAAUUCUUCAGUAAGGGCCAGCACACAUUUGUAUUUUCUACCAAUUACCUUGAUAGAAAUAUCUUGGAAAUUGCUGACCUGGGAUGGUUUUGAGAAGACUCCUGGCUUCUUUUUUGCCUCACUUAACAAAUAUCUUAAGGUCAAAGCAAUAUCUGUGCACGGCUUUCCUUUUGCUCUUCCAGACACGUGAGCCUGUUGGUAUAGUCCUCUUCACCCUCUGCAUGUAGCUUCACCCUAGAUAGACUUUUGUCUCUUGGGUCCCAGAUGGCACAGGAGCACUGCAUGCUUGUUUUCUAGAGCCCAGCCAGUCAUGGGUGCUAGCCUCGUCUCCACACACCAGCAAGUAGAACCCAAGUGUAUUGCAUAAAUACUUCCUGAGUACCAGUAAGAGAAUGCAUUCUUUUCUCAUCUAGGGCAGGAAUGUUGAAAAUGCUCAGCCUUACAUAGAAACUCCUAGAUUUUCAUUAAUGCAUUUCACAAAAGUAAGUAUUUCAUAUGAUUCAGAUGAUGUUUAAAUUGUUGGCAUUUUAAUAAAUACUUGCAUUAUAAUUUUGUCUCUUUUUUAAAAAAACUCAUACUUGAAUAUAAUUUAUUAAACGUUCAAUGGAG